AUGGAAAAAAUUCAGACUAUUAUUUUUUCUGAAUCAUUAGUUAGGAUAAUUAUUGUAUCCCUUAAUAAGAAGAAUUAAAACAGAAGAAUGAAAUUAAAAACUGAUAGGUUAAGAAAUUAAGAACAAAAUUACUAGAAAUAAAUCCUGGUUAAGUGUUUUGGAUUGAAAAUUAUAAAUAUUUCAGAAAAACAAAAAGAAAUUACUUUUGGUUUAGAUAAAUUUUAAAUAACAGUUAUAAUUAAGACAUUAAAGUACAUGAGAUAUCUUUUUUGA